AUGCUCAGCCCGCAGGCCCAGCAGGGCAGAGAACUUCCAGCUGGUGCUGCCGUGCACACCGUGCCGCCUCCCCGCUGCUGUCCCCAGUGCCGGCGCUGGCCCUGCUCCCCGCCUCCGCGGCACCGGACCCAUGCAGCUGCUCAGGGUCCUCCUCCUCCUCUGGAUGCUCAGGGUCUCCCUGGCGGCCACAGCAACCCCCCACACUCCAUAGGCACAGCAAGGUGGCCACUGAAUACCCCCAAAACUUCUCCCACUCCUGACACUAGAGAAAACUUACCUGUGACGGUCAUCACCUCUCCCCACCUGAAAUCCAUUCCUGAAACAUUGCUCAAAUCACCAGUCAAUUCCAACACCUCAACAAUCCCCACGUCCAAGUUUGUCUUCAAGGUUGAAACCACUCCACCUAUGGUGAUUGUCUAUACAGGUACAACAGAGUGCAUUAGUUCAACCAACUUUAUUAUCACCACCAUGUACCCCACCACCACCUGCAUGGCACAGACCCAAGUGUCCUUCACCAGCUCUUACACCACCAUGCCUGUGACACAGAAGCCACGGGGAACCACCACCAGUAUUUAUCCUGUGGCAACUACCAAGACAGUCACCUCAGCCGUGACCAAUUUUCCCAGUAUCACCACCUCGGGGAAAACUCCCACAACCAAGGGCCAAAUAUCUUCCAUUGACAUAGAUACCACCACAACUCUAGAUACUCUGACUAAUGUCACAAGAAGCACUAGCUCAACAACUGCAAGGGGUACCUCUCAUCCUUCAAUCACAUCAUUUGCCACUCCCACGAGCAAUGCAUAUUCUACUGCAUCCACCACCUCUACUCCCGUGGCCACUAAUACCGUGACAUCGUCCACGAGUGUGUCUCAGUCCUCUCCACCUGCCACAACCACAGAGCCAGGCUCCACUUUGGCCACAAACACGAGCCCCUUGUCCACCCUGAUUAGCACAACCUCCGCUACCCACACCGCUUCCAUCCUUUCGUCUCCAAGUACCCCCACCAGGUCCACAGCUGAAACCGACACUUCCACGGCCACUGCAGCCGCUACCACCUCCAUCACAGGCACUUUGACUACUGCCUCCACUCAGGAAACCACCCCGGGAGCGACCACUCACCUGGUCACCAUACCCAUCCCGACCACACCAGAAAGCUCUUCGGUCCUCACCUCUUCAACCAUCCUCGCCACCGGCAGCACAGCCACAUCUGCUUCCACCUCAUCUCUCCCUGCCUCUACCAUUGUGCAGACGUCCACAACAACACCGCCAUCCUCUGUGAGUGCCACAGCCCCUACCAGGACUCCAGCCACCACUGAAUCCCCUUCGACCAGCACCACUCUUCCAUGGACCUCCGCAACAGACCUCAGCUCCACACUCCCUCUUUCCAGCACUUCACCCAUGCCCACAGAUAUCAACCCAUCAUCCCCCACCACCCACAACAGAGGCACAACAUCCAGUGUCAUCUCAACCUCCGCCACCAUGCCUAGUGUGACAUCCAUGUACACAAGAAACCACCCCGGGAGCGACCACUCACCUGGUCACCAUACCCAUCCCGACCACACCAGAAAGCUCUUCGGUCCUCACCUCUUCAACCAUCCUCGCCACCGGCAGCACAGCCACAUCUGCUUCCACCUCAUCUCUCCCUGCCUCUACCGUUGUGCAGACGUCCACAACAACACCGCCAUCCUCUCCGCUACCACCUCCAUCACAGGCACUUUGACUACUGCCUCCACUCAGGAAACCGCCCCAGGAGCGACCACUCACCUGGUCACCAUACCCAUCCCGACCACACCAGAAAGCUCUUCGGUCCUCACCUCUUCAACCAUCCUCGCCACCGGCAGCACAGCCACAUCUGCUUCCACCUCAUCUCUCCCUGCCUCUACCAUUGUGCAGACGUCCACAACAACACCGCCAUCCUCUGUGAGUGCCACAGCCCCUACCAGGACUCCAGCCACCACUGAAUCCCCUUCGACCAGCACCACUCUUCCAUGGACCUCCGCAACAGACCUCAGCUCCACACUCCCUCUUUCCAGCACUUCACCCAUGCCCACAGAUAUCAACCCAUCAUCCCCCACCACCCACAACAGAGGCACAACAUCCAGUGUCAUCUCAACCUCCGCCACCAUGCCUAGUGUGACAUCCAUGUACACGAGUACCCCCCGCUCGGGGACUCCCUUCCCCUCCACAAGCAUUCCAGCCACAUCUGUGGGGUCCUCUUCCAUGUCUCCCAGCACUAGCAUGGCCACUCAGACACAGAGUACCACCUCACCUGCAACCAGCAACAAUGCUCCCCUCCUGACCACUGUGGCUCCUUUCGGUGACACCUCUACACAGUCUCUCAUGGCAGGGGGAAACCACCCCGGGAGCGACCACUCACCUGGUCACCAUACCCAUCCCGACCACACCAGAAAGCUCUUCGGUCCUCACCUCUUCAACCAUCCUCGCCACCGGCAGCACAGCCACAUCUGCUUCCACCUCAUCUCUCCCUGCCUCUACCGUUGUGCAGACGUCCACAACAACACCGCCAUCCUCUGGGGUACCUCUCAUCCUUCAGUCACAUCAUUUGCCACUCCCACGAGCAAUGCAUAUUCUACUGCAUCCACCACCUCUACUCCCGUGGCCACUAAUACCGUGACAUCGUCCACGAGUGUGUCUCAGUCCUCUCCACCUGCCACAACCACAGAGCCAGGCUCCACUUUGGCCACAAACACGAGCCCCUUGUCCACCCUGAUUAGCACAACCUCCGCUACCCACACCGCUUCCAUCCUUUCGUCUCCGACAAGUACCCCCACCAGGUCCACAGCUGAAACUGACACUUCCACGGCCACUGCAGCCGCUACCACCUCCAUCACAGGCACUUUGACUACUGCCUCCACUCAGGAAACCACCCCGGGAGCGACCACUCACCUGGUCACCAUACCCAUCCCGACCACACCAGAAAGCUCUUCGGUCCUCACCUCUUCAACCAUCCUCGCCACCGGCAGCACAGCCACAUCUGCUUCCACCUCAUCUCUCCCUGCCUCUACCGUUGUGCAGACGUCCACAACAACACCGCCAUCCUCUGUGAGUGCCACAGCCCCUACCAGGACUCCAGCCACCACUGAAUCCCCUUCGACCAGUACCACUCUUCCAUGGACCUCCGCAACAGACCUCAGCUCCACACUCCCUCUUUCCAGCACUUCACCCAUGCCCACAGAUAUCAACCCAUCAUCCCCCACCACCCACAACAGAGGCACAACAUCCAGUGUCAUCUCAACCUCCGCCACCAUGCCUAGUGUGACAUCCAUGUACACGAGAAACCACCCCGGGAGCGACCACUCACCUGGUCACCAUACCCAUCCCGACCACACCAGAAAGCUCUUCGGUCCUCACCUCUUCAACCAUCCUCGCCACCGGCAGCACAGCCACAUCUGCUUCCACCUCAUCUCUCCCUGCCUCUACCGUUGUGCAGACGUCCACAACAACACCGCCAUCCUCUGGGGUACCUCUCAUCCUUCAAUCACAUCAUUUGCCACUCCCACGAGCAAUGCAUAUUCUACUGCAUCCACCACCUCUACUCCCGUGGCCACUAAUACCGUGACAUCGUCCACGAGUGUGUCUCAGUCCUCUCCACCUGCCACAACCACAGAGCCAGGCUCCACUUUGGCCACAAACACGAGCCCCUUGUCCACCCUGAUUAGCACAACCUCCGCUACCCACACCGCUUCCAUCCUUUCGUCUCCGACAAGUACCCCCACCAGAUCCACAGCUGAAACUGACACUUCCACGGCCACUGCAGCCGCUACCACCUCCAUCACAGGCACUUUGACUACUGCCUCCACUCAGGAAACCACCCCGGGAGCGACCACUCACCUGGUCACCAUACCCAUCCCGACCACACCAGAAAGCUCUUCGGUCCUCACCUCUUCAACCAUCCUCGCCACCGGCAGCACAGCCACAUCUGCUUCCACCUCAUCUCUCCCUGCCUCUACCGUUGUGCAGACGUCCACAACAACACCGCCAUCCUCUCACAACCUCCGCUACCCACACCGCUUCCAUCCUUUCGUCUCCGACAACCGCUACCACCUCCAUCACAGGCACUUUGACUACUGCCUCCACUCAGGAAACCACCCCGGGAGCGACCACUCACCUGGUCACCAUACCCAUCCCGACCACACCAGAAAGCUCUUCGGUCCUCACCUCUUCAACCAUCCUCGCCACCGGCAGCACAGCCACAUCUGCUUCCACCUCAUCUCUCCCUGCCUCUACCGUUGUGCAGACGUCCACAACAACACCGCCAUCCUCUGGGGUACCUCUCAUCCUUCAGUCACAUCAUUUGCCACUCCCACGAGCAAUGCAUAUUCUACUGCAUCCACCACCUCUACUCCCGUGGCCACUAAUACCGUGACAUCGUCCACGAGUGUGUCCCAGUCCUCUCCACCUGCCACAACCACAGAGCCAGGCUCCACUUUGGCCACAAACACGAGCCCCUUGUCCACCCUGAUUAGCACAACCUCCGCUACCCACACCGCUUCCAUCCUUUCGUCUCCGACAAGAAACCACCCCGGGAGCGACCACUCACCUGGUCACCAUACCCAUCCCGACCACACCAGAAAGCUCUUCGGUCCUCACCUCUUCAACCAUCCUCGCCACCGGCAGCACAGCCACAUCUGCUUCCACCUCAUCUCUCCCUGCCUCUACCGUUGUGCAGACGUCCACAACAACACCGCCAUCCUCUAUAUCAACCCAUCAUCCCCCACCACCCACAACAGAGGCACAACAUCCAGUGUCAUCUCAACCUCCGCCACCAUGCCUAGUGUGACAUCCAUGUACACGAAGCCAGGCUCCACUUUGGCCACAAACACGAGCCCCUUGUCCACCCUGAUUAGCACAACCUCCGCUACCCACACCGCUUCCAUCCUUUCGUCUCCGACAAGUACCCCCACCAGGUCCACAGCUGAAACCGACACUUCCACGGCCACUGCAGCCACUACCACCUCCAUCACAGGGGGUACCUCUCAUCCUUCAGUCACAUCAUUUGCCACUCCCACGAGCAAUGCAUAUUCUACUGCAUCCACCACCUCUACUCCCGUGGCCACUAAUACCGUGACAUCGUCCACGAAGAAGUCCAGAAAGCACUUUAGUCCUCAUCCCUGCACUCAGCUACUUAAGUGGCAGCACCGCCACAUCUGCAUUUACCGCAUCCCUCCCUGCCUCUUCUAUCAUGCGGACAUCGACAACUAUGCCACCAUCAUCUGUGACACCUCACCCUCCCCUACAAAUAUCAUUCCAUCUUCCCCUACCCUCCACAAUACAGACACAACAUUUGGUAAUGUCACCACCUCAUUCACCAUGCCUGCUCUGACUUCCAUUUUCACCGAAGCACUAAAGACUGGGACCACAAACAUGGUAACAACACCCACCUCGAUAAGAGCUCUGAGUACCUCAAGUGUUUCUACAUCCUCACCUUUCCCUGGGUUAAGUACUUCUACUAGUGCGAUAAGUACCCCUUUUAGUACCAUCAUCUCCUCUUCAAUACCCGCAAUAACAAUAUCAUCUCUAUCUUCCUUUAGCACAAGUUCAAUGGUCUCUAUGACAAGUAAUUCUUUUCCUACCUCCUCUCGUAUGUCCAGUGCAGAAAACACAGGGUCUUCUUCUGGCACUGCUUUUCCUUCUCUUUCAUCAUCUGAACCUACCAGAACUUCUCCCACCAUGUCUUCCCUAAUGACCUCUCCUACCCAAACCACCACCAUGUUGACUCUUGCUUCCACUACCCAAUGUCCGGAAUCAAUAUCGGUUACAAUAGUGUCUGCUUCUCCCACUACACCAUGUACAGAGGUGGGUCCAAAUCCUGAAGUUACUGCUCCAGUCACCAUCCCAUUAUCAGUUUUUACCUCUGCUACUGAGAUGGCCACCUCUCCCAGUUCCACCAUUAGGACAACUGUGUUCCCUGCAAAAACGGACACUUCUACAUCCAUUCUGGAAACUGACCCCACCAACAUGACAGAUGCUGCCAGUUCUGUCAGCCCUGGAACCACCCCCGUUAACACGGAUUUCACCAGCACACAAAGACCCACCAGUGGGACCCAGAUCAGCUCCAACUUUGUAACCACCUCCCACAUGGCCAGCUUCACGAGCCCCCCAGAGACCCUGAAACCGAGUAGCAGCUUUUCAACUGCCAUGAUGACUUCAAGCAAGUUGACACACCCCACCUCACCCAUCACCAGCACUCCAGGGAGGCCGGUAAUUACCACCAAGACCCUCUCCACCCUUCCGUCAUCUAGCACAACUUCGACCACGACUCAGAUGACCACACCGUCUAGCUUGAUCACAACACCAGGCAUUUGUUACCAUGGUGGCACCUGGAUGCAGGGCAAGUGCUUAUGCCCCAGCACUUUCUCUGGCUCCCACUGCGAGUUUGCUGUGGAACAGAUAGAUCUGGACACAGUGGAAGCGGAAGUGGGCAUGGAGGUGUCUGUCGACCAAGAGUUCUCCCAUGACCUCAGUGACAACACUUCUAAGGCCUACAGGGAUUUCACGAACACCUUCCGGGAUCAGAUGAAGAAGGUUUACCAAAAUGUGCAGGGCUUCAAGGAGGUGGUGAUCCUUUCUCUGAGGAAUGGCAGCAUUGUGGUGGACUAUCUGGUCCAGGUGGAGUUACCCUUCAGCGUCCAGCUAGAGAGCGAGUAUGAGAAGGUGAAAGUGGCCUUGAAGGAGGAGCUCCAGAAUGUCAGCCAGGACGCGGACAGCUGCCAGAAUGACCAAGUCCUGUGUUUUAAGCCUGACUCCAUCAAGGUGAACAACAACACCAGGACAGAGCUGACCCCGGAAGCCAUCUGUCGCCGCGCUGCUGCCCCGGGCUACGAGGAUUUCUACUUCCCCCUGCUGGAGGAGAACAAGCUCCGCUGUGGCACCAAAUGCACGGCGGGCGUGGACGGCGCCUUGGACUGUCAUCAGGGCCAGUGCGUUCUGCAGAAGAGCGGUCCUGCCUGCCGCUGCUUCUCCACGGACACGCACUGGUUCUCGGGCCCGCGCUGCGAGGUGGCCAUCUCCUGGAAGGCGCUGGUGGGAGGCCUGGCGGGGGCCGCGGCGCUGCUGCUGCUGCUGCUGCUGGUGGCGCUGGGCAUCUUCGUCGCGCGCUCCCGGAGGAGGGGCGGCCAAGGCGGAGGCCGGUCCUGGGACGACAGGAAGUGGUUAGAGACCUGGGAUGAGAACACCACCGGGUCUUUUUCUAACUCGGGCUUCGAGGAUGACGGAACAUAUAAGAACUUCCAUGUGGCCUUGGAGAAUGUGGACACUAAUGUGAAGGUGCACUUCGAGAAACCUGCGGUGACCUCACUGUGA